CUCACAACAAGGAAGUGCCGUUCCAGCCAAUCACAGCACCCUUUCUUGCCGAUUAGUCAGUAUCAACAUGGCAGCUUUCUGAGUUUUGGAGGAGGGUACCUGGUGUAAAUAAACACGAUUUCACGUUUUACAGAUAACGACAGGUUCCGUGUGUUUGUGUUUAAGGCUGGUUGGACUAUAGAGGGAAAAUGUCGAAUGACGGAAAUAAAAAACAGUUCUGGAAAAGAAAUGCAGCGAAGGUUCCUGGCAGCAUUCAACAUGUGUAUGGCGCACAACAUCCACCUUUCGACCCGCUCCUCCAUGCUAACCUGAUUAAGGCAGGAAACCGGCCUCCUCCGGCCACGCCAGGCAAGCCCAAGAAGGCUACCACCUUUCAGGAGUUUGAGAGCAUCACAAGUGAUGCCUGGGAUGUUGGGGACGAUGACGACGAGUUGCUGGCCAUGGCUGCGCAGAACCUUAAUAUUGAUGUUGUCAUGGAGACAGCCAAUAAGGUCAUUGAGAAUCACAGCAAGCAGCAGGAGAAACAAAGGCAGGAUGACACAACAGAGCUGGGACAGAGAGAAGAGGACACACAGGAGGAGGUGGCAGAGGAGGAGGACGAAGAAGAUGAAGAGGACCUGGUGGGGGAGGGAGACACGACCAGCCCAGAGGUCUCUUUUGCCUCCCAGAGCGGCCCUUACACUGAUGGCCGCCUUGUAAAGUCCCAAAGCGAAGCUCCAAUUGGGUCACCAAAAGAUGCAGCAGGUGAGCAUGCAGCCCUCCACAGACAACGGUCUCUGCCCCACCGGCCGCCCGUCAUCCCGCUAGUGGCUCGCAUGGCUGACCAGAACACGUCCGGCACCCCAGCCAUGACCGAGAGGGAAGCGUCUCGUCUCGAUAAAUUCAAACAGUUGUUAGCUGGGCCCAACACAGAUCUGGAGGAGCUACGGAAACUCAGCUGGUCUGGAAUCCCGCGUCAGGUCCGACCGAUAACGUGGAAGCUCCUUUCGGGUUACCUACCAGCUAAUGCAGAAAGAAGAGACAGCGUCCUACAGAGAAAAAGACAGGAAUAUUUCGGCUUCAUCCAGCAAUACUAUGACUCCCGCAAUGACGAACACCACCAGGACACAUACAGACAGAUUCACAUUGACAUACCGAGAACUAAUCCUCUUAUUCCUCUCUUUCAACAAGCUUCUGUCCAAGAGAUUUUUGAGAGGAUCCUUUUUAUCUGGGCCAUACGCCAUCCGGCCAGCGGCUACGUGCAAGGCAUCAACGACCUGGUCACGCCGUUCUUCGUCGUCUACGUCUUUGAGUACAUUGAGGAAGAAGUAGAAAACUUUGACGUGUCCAGUCUCGAGGAAGAGGCUCUGAGGAACAUUGAGGCUGACAGCUUCUGGUGCAUGAGCAAACUGCUGGACGGCAUCCAGGACAACUAUACAUUUGCCCAGCCAGGCAUCCAGAGGAAAGUCAAGGCCCUGGAGGAGCUGGUCAGCAGGAUUGAUGAGUCUGUGCACCGCCACAUGCAGCAGUACGAGGUGGAGUAUCUGCAGUUUGCCUUCCGCUGGAUGAACAACCUCCUGAUGAGGGAGCUGCCAUUACGCUGCACAAUCAGACUGUGGGACACCUACCAGGCUGAACCAGAGGGCUUCUCCCAUUUCCACCUCUACGUGUGCGCUGCCUUCCUGGUGAGAUGGAGGAAAGAAAUUCUAGAGGAGAGGGAUUUUCAGGGUCUGAUGAUCCUCCUGCAGAACCUUCCCACAAUGCACUGGGGCAACGAAGAAGUGAGCGUACUGCUGGCUGAAGCCUACAGGUUGAAGUUUGCCUUUGCUGACGCGCCAAACCACUACAAGAGAUGAUAAGCGUGGCUUGCUGCAGCUGCUCCUCUUCUUCUCCUGUUCUUGCUCCUCCUCCUUUUUAUUACUUCCUACCUGCUCUGCAGUUGUCUACUGAACUUAAAGGCCUCUUUUCCUUCAGGGAAGGACGGCCCUUUUUCUUAACCUCCGUUCCCCCAUAUUGCCCAAUGGGCCUUUCAGCUAUUAAGAGAUUUGGAUCAACCAAUGACUGGGAGGACAAGCGGUGUAGCAUUUUUAAAAUAUUGAUGGUGGGGCUUUUUUUUUUGUCUUUCUGAUCAGCUCUGAAAUGUGCUCUCCUUCAGUCCAAUGCAGAACGUUCUUCAACACCGAAGGCCACAACUUUUUAUUAGAGUUUGGUCCGCUUAAGUACAACCUCAGGCCUGAUGCAGGACCACGAGCUCAGCGCUGCCGGGAGGUUAGUCUUGCUCAGAAA